AUGGAUGAGCCUGUGUUAAAAAGACCUAAAGUUGAGGAACAGAGAGAAGAAUCAGCUGGGCAAGAUGACUUCCAGUUAAGGGAUUUCAAGAAGUUCUUCUUCAAGUUGAACACCUUAUAUACUUUUCUUUCAUGUCGCAAGCAUGUCGUCCCAUCAUUUGAGACAUUGAGUAAGCCAUUGAAUGCAAGUAUGAAACGUGAGGUGAAUGAAAUGGACUUUGCUCGUGUAGUUGCGCUGAUGCCACGAGGGACAGUGUUCAAAUACAUCGAUGAGAACCAGAUAGUAACGGAACGAAAGUUGUUUGAUUUCAACAAAGGUGGAUACCAACAAAGAGAUAACGAUAUCUUUGAACUGGAAGAGAUAGAAAAACAGUUUGAAGAGAGCAGAUCGACUCAGAUAUUAAUAUUUGAAUUUGUGGAUGGAACAAUGAAGAGAACGUGGAACAGAAAUGGGCAGGAUAACCCAAAUAAGCAAGUUUUCCUCCCAACAUAUACCCCAGAAGAAAUGAAGAAGAUGAUUAAAAAGAGAGAAGCUUUUUUUAAUGAGAGGUUAAGCUUAUUUAUCGAGGAAGCGUCAAAUGAAGGGAUACCUACAAUGAAAAAGUUGGAUGAGCUAGCUUUGAAGCAUAUGCCGAAACCUAAGGAUUACGAAGACCCAAUUACAUCUAUGUUGAAAGCUAAAGAAGAGAAAGAAAAACAAGUAGUAAACGAAGAAACUGGAGAAAGCCGACCUUUAAUGACUGAAAUGGUCAGUAAACUAAAAAAAAGUGAGCAUUAUAACGGCCAAAUAAAAACCCACAUGGAAAUUCCACAAAGACAUGCCGAGUACGGAGAAUUAAACGUUGAUAUAGAUUCCGAAAUUCUGGAUGCCAUCGGCUACUCUCAAUUUUAUAGCCAUCAAGCUGACGCAAUUAACGCUGUUCAUAAUGGUGAAAAUGUAAUUAUUACGACAUCGACAUCAUCAGGUAAGUCAUUGAUUUAUCAACUAUCAGCCUUUGAUCUGAUGUUUCGCAACCCUGAAUCGACAUUCAUGUAUAUCUUCCCUACUAAAGCGCUGGCGCAAGAUCAGAAGAGGGCAUUUCAAGUGAUAUUGUCAAAAAUUCCAUCGUUGAAAAAUGUUGUUGUGGAUACUUAUGAUGGUGAUACCGAUCCAGAAAAGAGAUCAUUUAUUAGAAAUAAUGCAAGAGUUAUUUUCACUAAUCCAGAUAUGAUACAUGCCAGUAUUUUACCGAAUCAUGUCAAUUGGAGAAGAUUUCUCUUUAACUUACAUUUGGUUGUGAUUGAUGAACUUCACAUAUAUAAAGGGCUAUUUGGUUCCCAUGUAGCCUUAGUAAUGAGGAGAUUGUUGAGGUUGUGCAGGGAACAUUAUGAUAAUUUUUUUACAAGAUUUAUUUCAUGUUCUGCUACACUGAAAAAUCCAGUCAAACAUAUGAUGGACAUUUUUGGUAUUGAUAAGGUGAGGCUAAUUAGUAAUGAUGGUUCCCCAAGAGGCACAAAGCAUUUAGUCGUUUGGAAUCCACCAGUUCUGAGUCAGCAUGAUAGAAAAAGAGAAAACUUCAUUAGUGAAUCUGCUAAAAUAUUGGUUGACCUAAUUUUGGCCAAUGUCAGAACUAUUGCCUUCUGUUAUGUCAGGAGAGUUUGUGAGCUGUUGAUGAAAGAAGUUCGAUCCAUUUUUGAGGAGAUGGGAAGACAGGAUUUAAUUACAGAUGUCAUGUCAUAUAGAGGUGGAUAUUCGGCAGCAGAUCGUCGUAAAAUUGAAAGAGAAAUGUUUCACGGUAAUUUGAAGGCGGUCAUUUCAACCAAUGCUUUGGAAUUAGGUAUAGAUAUUGGUGGUUUGGAUGCCGUGCUAAUGUGUGGCUUUCCACUUUCAUUAGCUAAUUUCCACCAGCAAAGUGGUAGAGCAGGAAGAAGAUCAAAAGAUUCUCUUACUGUUGUGGUUGCCAGUGAUUCUCCCGUAGAUCAGCAUUAUGUUGCCCAUCCAGAUCUAUUGAUGAAUAGUGAAGAUCCUGAUUCCUUUCAAGACUUAGUAUUGGAUUUCACGAAUAUGCUAAUUGUAGAAGGGCAUGUUCAAUGUGCUUCGUUUGAACUUCCAGUAAACAUAGAAAGGGAUAAGAAAUAUUUUAAUGACAAGUUAUUAAGAAAUAUAUGCCAUGAGAGAUUACAAAAAGAUGAAAACGGUUAUCAUUGUAAUAUUCGUUUUUUGCCGUGGCCAUCCAAACAUGUAAAUUUGCGAGGAGCCGAGGAAGAUCAGUUUGCCGUUGUAGAUAUUACUAAUGGGAGAAAUAAAGUCAUUGAAGAAGUCGAAGCAUCGAGGACCAGUUUUACUUUAUAUGACGGUGGUAUAUUCAUUCACCAAGGUUAUCCAUAUCUAGUAAAAGAAUUCAAUCCAGAAGAGAAAUAUGCCACCGUUCAACGAGUUGACGUUGAUUGGGUUACUAAUCAGCGUGACUUUACAGAUAUAGAUCCACAGGAAAUUGAAUAUGUACGAUCAAUGGAAGGUACUGAUGUUCCAGUGUACUUUGGUAAAAUAAAAGUUACUAUUAUAGUGUUUGGGUUCUUUAAACUGGAUAAAUUUAAAAGAAUUAUUGACGCUGUAGAAGUUCAUAAUCCACCUGUGAUAAUAAAUUCUAAAGGUCUAUGGAUUGACAUCCCAAGCCGAGCUCUGGAAAUAUUGGAAUCCAAACAGUUAAAUGCUGCUGGCGCUAUUCAUGCUGCACAGCACGCGAUAAUGGGGUUACUACCAAAAUUUAUUGUCGCUGGUUCCAACGAAAUACAAACAGAAUGUAAAGCACCAGAGAAGGAGUUUGCAGAAAGGCAAACUAAAAGAAAGAGACCAGCUAGACUAGUUUUUUUUGAUUCUCAUGGAGGCUCAUAUGGGUCUGGAUUAUCUAGCAAGGCUUUUGAACAUAUACAAGAAAUAUUAAAUGGAACACUACAAAGAAUUACUGACUGUCCAUGUGAAGAUGGAUGUCCGGAAUGUGUAGCAGCAUCUUAUUGUAAAGAAAAUAGUUUGGUUCUAUCAAAGCCUGGUUCAUUAGUCAUCCUUCAUUGCAUUCUGGGCCACGAAGAAGAUGAUUAUAUUGAUCUCAUAAAGGAUGGUCCUGAACCUAACAUGCCUGAAAUAAAAGUGGAAACAGUAAUCCCUGUCAAAGAGCAUGUGAAUUUUGCACCGGAUUUCGAGAUCCUUGACAUUAAAAACAUAAAAAAGGAAGAAGGAUAUAUUAUCAAUGAGGAUGAAAAUAACAAACUGUAUAUAAAAAAAGAGGAAGAAACAAUAAAUCAUUGA